CUCCUCAUAUCCAGCAAUUUUGCAGAUAAGAAAAUACUUCCUCGCUAAGCAAAAAAUACCAGAGAAAGAAGGCAAAAUACAAGCAGCAGACCCCUCCCUAUGGCGGUGGAGAUGAAGAACGAAUCAAACGGCGGCAUUGAUCUCUAUGCAUUGCCCGAAGGCUGCAUAGCCAACGCCUUGUCUCUCACGAGUCCACGUGACGCAUGCAGGCUAUCGUUGGUGGCCUCCACCUUUCGCUCCGCAGCUCUAUGCGACGAAGUCUGGGAGCGGUUCUUUCCGGCUGAUUACCGUGAUGUCCUCUGCCGAUCAGCCGAGGGGAUUGAACUAUUGCGGUCGGCUAUUUCCAUGAAACAAUUGUAUCUCCAUCUUUGUGAUAAACCCGUCUUGAUUGACGGUGGAUCCAAGAGCUUCUCAUUGGAGAAAUCUAGCGGAAAGAAAUGCUACAUGUUGGCUGCAAGGGACCUCACAAUUGUGUGGAGUGAUACCCCGAGGUAUUGGAAAUGGAUCCCCUUACCUGAGUCCAGGUUCAGUGUGGUGGCUGAGCUUCUUGAUGUCUGUUGGCUUGAAAUUCGGGGCAAGAUAAGAACUAGCAUGCUGUCACCGGAGACAAACUAUGCAGCUUAUCUUGUUUUCACAUCGAAAUCUAGAAUAUAUGGCUUUGAGUAUCAACCUGCAGAAGCUGAAGUAGGAAUUAGUGGUCAAGAAGGGAAAAAACAGGCAGUUCAUUUGGAUCCUGACGGAGCACAAAGACCACGGCACCAGAUCAUGCCAAGGUGGCGAAGAGGGCUGUUUGGCCACCACCUGGCUGGAAGGAUGAUAUACCAAGAGACUUUGCAUGCAGAUCAGGAUGUGCAGAAUCCCAGGCAGCGAGGGGAUGGAUGGAUGGAAGUCGAAUUGGGGGAGAUUUUCAUAAAGGAAGGGCAAGAUGUGGAUCUGGAGAUGAGCUUGAUGGAAGUCAAGGGGGGCAACUGGAAGAGUGGUUUGAUUGUUGAAGGGAUUGAGAUUAGGCCCAAGGAGGGAAAAUGAUCAAACGAUGUUAUUAUAGAACCUUUACUACCCAAUUUUCAUUUCAGUUCUCGUAUGUUUUCACCUUCCAUCACCCUUCUGGGCUGCGCCUCUGCAACCCCAGGUUGUGCAUGUGUUGUAUUAGCUAUUAGAAUACGCGGCUUUCAGCCUGUUAGGCUGCAAGCAUUGUUGUUCUUCUAUGAAAUUGAAUUGGUCAAGCUGCUCUUCAGAA